AUGAUUGUGAAGAGAAAUUUGCAUUUGUUGACGCCAUAUAUUAUAAAUUGUCUCCAAUUUAUUACAAAAUUCAUUCAACAAAAGAGAAAAACAUAUUAUUGUGAAGAGAAGUUCCUCUCCAAGUGAAAAGAGAGAAGGUGAAAAGGUAUGCACAAUUCUCAGCAAAGACACCAAAACAAAGAAGAAAAGAGAGAAUGAAACCAAACUGAUCUCAGCAAAUUCCUUUAUUCUUUCUUCUUCAACGAUCUUUAGUUCUUUCGUUCGGUUGCCAUUGACAAAUUUCUUAUCAAAGCUUUAUGCGAGCUCAAACUAUGUUGAAAUUUGUAAAGAAAUAGGAUAUUUUUAGAUUGAAAUGUGGAUAUUGUUAUAUCACAACAAAUUCUUGAGAAAGUAGACAAGGAAAUUGAGAAGCCCGGGCGACAAAAAUGGAGUGCAAUAAGGAUGAGGCUACCAGGGCUAAAGAAAUUGCGGAGAGGAAGUUUGCUGCAAAGGAUAUAUCAGGUGCAAAGAAAUUUGCUGUGAAGGCCCUAAAUCUAUAUCCUGAACUUGAGGGUAUUUCUCAAAUGUUAGCAACACUUGAUGUAUAUAUUUCUGCUGAGAAUAAAGCUAACGGAGAAGCAGAUUGGUACGGUGUACUUGGUGUGGAUUCCCUUGCUGACGAUGAUACAGUAAGGAGACAAUACAGGAAGUUAGCUCUCAUGCUUCACCCUGAUAAGAACAAGUCCAUCGGUGCUGAUGGGGCCUUUAAACUUGUGUCAGAGGCAUGGAGUUUACUGUCAGAUAGGGCUAAAAGAGCAGCAUAUGAUAAGAGAAGUGGAAAAGAACGGAAAGUUUCUGCCAAGUUUGGAGGUUCAUCAGGACAAAAAAACACUAAUGGUAGUUACAAUUUUACUAAGACUACCCCUUCAGGUGCAACUGCUCAGAAGAAUACCGCCAAAGAACACACUUCAUCUUCUGCUCAUAAGUCAAAAUCAAAUACAUUUUGGACUGUUUGCAAUAGGUGCAAAAUGCAGUACGAGUAUCUUAGAGUUUAUCUUAACCUUAAGCUCUUGUGUCCUUGCUGCCGUACAGCAUUUGUUGCUGUAGAGACUGCUCCUCCACCGGCAAGCGGUAUUAGGCCUGCAACUCAAUGGAAUUUUUCACAGAAGAAGCAAACAUCCAAUCGCCAAGUACCUAGUAAAAGCAAACCAAAUGCCGGAAAGCAUGACAUGGCUGCUCCAAAUGUUGGAGCAGGGUCUUAUAAUAAUACUGAAACAGCCAGUUUUCAAUGGGCUCCAUUCUCAAAAUCAUCUGGUGUUUCCAACGUUGCUCAAGCUGCAAGUGUGGUUCAACAGGCAUAUGACAAAGUGAGGCGAGAUCGUGAGGAGGCACAAGCGGCUAGCAAAAGGGAAGAAGCCUUAAAAAGGAAGCAGCAUGCUUCUAAAAAGGGUUACCAUAAUCCUGCUAAGAAAAGAAGAGGGGGCACGGAGGAUGCAAGUGCAAGUGGUGGUAAGGAAAACCGAAUGGGUGGGGGAACAAACCCAUCUAAACAGGCUAAUUUUGAGUAUAAUAGGGUUAAUGGAAUCAACAAGACCGACAGUGUGGGGGAUAUUUCCCCAGUUGAACUUCGGAAUCUUCUUAUGGAGAAAGCUAGAAAAGAAAUUAGCAAUAAACUCAGGGAAAAUCAGUCAAAUGCUGUUGAUAAAACAGUGAUGAAAGACAGUGGAAAUAACUUCUAUAAAGUGAACGAUAAAGGAGAAAAAAUCCUAAAAAAUUCUGAAAUGUGUGCUCGAGAUAACAUUGCCAUCAAAUCGUUUGCAGGCUCUACAAUCGCUAAAGGUAAUAGAAAAUUUCUAGAAACAACAGCUAUAGAAGUACCAGAUCCUGACUUCCAUGAUUUUUACAAAGAUCGAACUGAAGUAUCUUUCACUCAAAAUCAAGUAUGGGCUGUAUAUGAUAAUGAUGAUGGGAUGCCUCGAUGUUAUGCAAUGAUUUGUGGCAUCAUCUCCCUGAAUCCAUUCAAGAUAAAGAUCAGUUGGCUCAACCCAAACACCAACAGUAAACUGGACCCCAUAAAAUGGGUUGCUUCAGGAUUUUCAAAAAUUUGUGGUGAUUUCAGAUUGAGCAGACCUGAAACCUGUAGCUCGCCCAACUUUUUCUCCCACAAGGUUAGGUGGAGAACAGGUGCUGAUGGGGCUAUUUGUAUAUAUCCCAGGAAGGGGGAUGUUUGGGCCAUAUAUAGGAAUUGGUCUCCUGACUGGGAUGAGCUAACACCAGAUGAGGUUAUACACAAGUUUGAUGUGGUUGAAGUACUUGAGGAUUUUAUUGAAGGGCAUGGCAUAGAUGUUAUCCCACUGGUCAAAGUGGCUGGAUUCAGGACGGUAUUUCACCACCACUUAGAUCCAACAGAAAUCAGGAUCAUUCCGAUGGAAGAGAUGUUUCGAUUCUCUCAUCAAAUACCUUCAUAUGUACUCACAGGUCAAGAAGCUCCACAUGCUCCAAAGGGUUGCAGGGUGUUGGACCCAGCUGCUACUCCAAUUGAGUUUCUUCAGCUAAUAGAAGUUGUGAAGGAGGAAGACAUGGCAGACAAAGAUGAUACUGAUGUCAAAGAAUUAAAUGAUAACAUAGAAAAAUAUAGAAUUAUGGGAAAAAUUGAGGAAGAAAAGGAGGGGAAGGAUGAAGGCAUGCAGGAAGUAGAUACAAGUGUAAACAUGACAAAAGCUAAUAGUGAGGAAAUGAUCAAUGAUGUGGGAAAACAUGAGGAAGGAAAGCAGGAAAAGAACAAAGAUAUGCAGUCAGUAGAAACUUUGGAUGAGGACAGAGAGAAACAAAAUACGCAGUAGCUUGUAGCAGCGAAGGAAUGUAGCAUGCUAGAUGGGAUGGACUUUUGGAAUCUCUGGCUCGUGCAAGGAUGAAGAAUACUAGAAAGCCAGAAUUAAUUUGACAAAACAGGAUCCAGAUAGAGUUGACAUUGUGAUUAGUUAUUAUACAAAGGUAAAUUUUGUCAAAAUUUUUCUAGCUAUAUGUUAUUUGCUGUCACAAAUUCAGGGAUUUCACUUCUUUUCAAACAUUGCAAUAGCUCGUGCUCAUACACCUAUUUACAUUUUAGGGUCUUACUCAAUUUUGUUUUUUGUAAAUCAGAGUAGUGGUAUGAUCUUCAA